CACACAAAUUAAGAAAAUACUUAAUUUUCAAAUUUCUAAAAUAAAAACAUUAAUACCGAUACAGCUAACCAUAUUUCAACAAAUAGAAAAAUAAACAGAAAAAUAUUAUCUAAAUUUUUGCAUCGAAAUUCGAAACGAAGCUUAUUUGAAACGAAAAUUUUACUCUAAACAACAAUUAAACUUAAACGAGGAGUGUAUUGUUUAUGCCGUUUUUUUGUCACAGAAUUGAAUAAUUGUUUUUUACAGAUUGAAAAUGAGAAAAUUGAAUUUCUUUCAGUAGUGAUUAAAUAUGAUAGCAUUUACUGUCCAAUUAUUACCAUUUCGCAAAACAUGUUAUUCCUUUUCUUCCAAUAAUAUUAAAUGCAUUCAUGUGUUACAUAUGUAACCCCCUCCCCUAAUUCAUGGCAAUCUAUGUUUUCUAUCCCAAUGUUUUUUUUCAAAUUUCAAAUCAUUCCUCUUCCUCACAGUAAAUCCCUCUUUACUCCUUCUCUUCCCUUCUGAAUUUUGUCUUGAAAAAGCCAAAACACACAAAAAGAAAUAAAACUGUAUCCUUUGGAAAAAGAUCCAAGAAAAGUUAUUCUUAAAGAAAAAAAAACAGCUAAUGGCUUCGCAAUGGACAAUACAAAAACUUGUCACUUGGAGAGUCAAAGAUUGGGCUACCUGUUUCUUGGCUUCCAAGAUUCCUAUAGACAUAGAUGAAGAUGGAGUCAAUAAUACCGGAAACACAAUGAACAACAACAAUGUAAUGUUCAAGAGAACAAAGAGGAAGAUGAAGAGUAAAAAGAAGAGAUCAGAGAGUAAACUCAGUCUAAGCCCACCAGGGACACGUCAUCAUAAUCUAAGAAGCAGCAGCGUUUCUCCUACGUCGGAGUCUCAGAACCGGAGGUUGAGUUGGCAGCAGCAGGCACCGGCCUCAGACGAACCUGGCUUCAUUGUCUUCUGCUUCGACCGUGAUGACGGUGGGUUUGACGUUGUCAAAGAGGGGAAAGAAGAGAGGAAGGAGGUGGAAUUGUCCUCGGAAAAGUCACCAAGGACAGUGAAUCGUAAGCUUAUAUAUGGAGACCAAGGGGAAGUAAAAACAGAGAAGGUUAACUCGCCGGAGAUUAAAGAGAAAGAACAAGAUCAGGAAGCUAAGACUAUUUGCCAAGAAAUUAAAGAUGUUUCAUGUGAUGUUCAUGAUCAGAAGAAUGAGGAAGAAGAAGUUGAUGCCUCUGAUAAAUCUAGCGGGUCUAGUCACUCAGACGAAAGAAGGGGAUCGUUUGCAUUUCCCGUACUGGGAGUUGAGUGGAUGGGGAGCCCUGUCCAGAUGCCUAAAACAGAUGACUUGUCUCCGAAGAAACAAAAGCCAAUUGCUUUAGGGUUUCAGUGUUGUAGAUUCUAAAAAGGGAGAAACACUCCAGAAGUUUUUAUGAGAUUCUCUUGUACUAGUCUGUUUCUGAGUAAUAUAUAAACCCUUUGAAAGGACAGAUGAUCUUUUUUU